UGAAGUGCAAACAACACACUUCUGAACUCGCUUAAACUUCUAAACUCAUUCAAACGUUAAAGUUUGGGUUUAAGCUCCUUGCUUUCUCAAACUGUUAUCUCACGUUGUACAGAACCUCUCUGAAGAACUCUUUUGAAUACGUCUGAUAAAGAGGAACAGAAUAGCAAGUGACUGCAAGUGAACUUGAGCAAGCACGUGGUGUUAGACUGAGCGUGGCAGUUUUGAGUGUGUUAGAGAUCGUAGAGAUACACACUUUUCAAGGAGAUCCUGUUAUGCUUUUUUGAGUUUAUAGUUUAAAGGUUUUUUUUUUUGUGUCUAUUUGUUUUUCUCACUUUUCAAGUUCCUCUCGAGGUCUCUGAUUUGGGACAAUGAGGUGCAAGACCUGUCUAAUCUAUGCCUCCAUAAUAACUGGUGCAGUUAUGAUAAUAACAGGCAUUGGCAUCAUCUUGGGUGGAGAUUUGCAAAAACGAAUAGAAGAGAAGCUCAAAGGGGAAAUCACUCUGACUGAAGGCAGUAAAGUGUUUGAUACAUGGAAGAACCCACCUCCACCUGUCUUCAUGGAGUUUUUCCUCUUCAACGUUACAAACCCAGAUGAGUUUUUAACUGGAAAUAAGCCACGCCUCACGCACAUGGGGCCUUACACAUACAGGGAGUACAGACCCAAGGACAACGUCACCUUCGUGGAAAAUGGAGCCAAAGUCUCUGCUCUGACACCAAAAACCUUUGUGUUUGUGCCCGAAAUGUCAGCUGGAGACCCGAGUGUGGAUCUCGUAACUACUGUUAACAUCCCAGCUGUGGCGGUGAUGAAUAAAUUAAAGGAUGCGAGUUUUUGGUACAAAUCACCCGUUGCAUUCAUCAUGACUCAAGUCAAAUCCACCAUGUUUAUGACACACACAGUGGAUGAGCUGCUGUGGGGCUAUAAGGAUCCACUUCUCACCCGUUUACACGCUUCAAAACCGGAGAUAGAUGAGAACUUUGGCCUCAUGCUAUACAAAAAUGGAAGUAGUGAUGGUGAGUUUGUUUACUACACUGGAGAAGAUAACUAUUUGGACUAUGGUCGCAUCGACACCUGGAAGGGAGAGAAAUUUCUGUCAUUCUGGGCCACCAACCAGAGUAACAUGAUUAAUGGGACAGAUGGUAGUGCUUUCCACCCAUUCCUGACUAAAAAGGAGCGUUUGAAUGUGUUCACGGCAGAUCUGUGCAGGUCAAUCCACAUGUUGUUUGAGAAAGAGGUGGAGGUAAAGGGGAUUCCGGCAUAUCGAUACACUCCUCCUCGUGCUGUUUUAGCCAGUGGAAAGAACAAUCCAGAAAACGAAGGUUUCUGCCUUGACAAAAAAUCAUGCCUGGAUGAUGGGGUCUUAGACGUUUCAGUGUGUCGCAAAGGUGCUCCUGUCAUCGUCUCUUUCCCUCAUUUCCACUUGGCUGAUCAGAAAUACGUAGAUGCUAUAGAGGGAAUAUUACCAGUGCACGAACAUCAUCAGACUUUCCUCGAUCUAAACCCUACCACAGGUGUGCCAGUCCGUGCUGCCAAAAGAGCCCAGAUAAACAUUAAACUUGAUAGGGUAGCCGGAUUUCCAAUAUCCAGAAGCAUGAAUGGAACCAUUUUCCCUGUCAUGUUCCUAAAUGAGUCCGUUGUGAUUGAUGACGCCUCAGCCCAGAGACUACAGAAGCUGCUUUUUAUUGUGAAAAUUGUACCACUCUUCCCUUUCAUCCUGCUGGGUCUGGGAGUUUUUCUGUUACUCAUCGGACUUUUCGUCUACAUCCAUAACCGCCAGAAAAAGAGCUCCACAAAGACAGAGACGUCAUACUCUCCAGUCAGCCCUAAAGAUGACGAGAAGAACGGCACUUUCAUCGGCAUGGCGUCUGUGGAGAAGUCUUGAACAUGACCUGCUGCUGUAAAGUGGAUGUGUGGAUGUGUGUGCGUGAAAGCAAGAGAGUGUAUCAUUUAAAUGCUACUCCUCCCGAAAAAAAUGAUGCUGUAUUUCCCCUUAUCAACUCCUUAGAUUUUAAAAUUUGACAUUGAUAGGCCUCCACUCAGGAUGAUCAUGGAGCUGUGAAUGAAUGAAGGAAUGAAUGAAUGAGUGGUUGAGUGAUUAAGUGACUGAAUUGCUAAGAGAGUUUAGAGUCAACAUUUGAAUUGAAAUAUUUUUUUUAAUGAGCUGAUGAUGCACCUGGCAGGGCAUUUUCAGUCAGAUUUUAGAUUAAGAGGUUAGCAAAAUUUCAGGUCAUGUAAUAUACAAUAAACUAUAAAUGCUGCUGAGUUAUUUCAUGAUUCAGGGAUGCAGCAGUUGCUAGCAUGGCUUGUGCCUUACAUUUGCAUGUAAAAGUCAGAAUCCACUACCAAAAACUGAUUUUAUCAGGGAUCAAAAAUAAUCUGAUUUUAAAUGAUUUCAUAUAAAUCUGAAUAGGAAAUGCAAAAGGAGGACAGUUGUAGUGCUUUUCUUCUUUGUCCAAUGUAAAACAAUAUACUGUACCAUAAAAUCUAUUAGGCAUUUAAAAUAAAAGAUGAUAUACGAGUAAGAAGGGGGAAAGUAUUGAAAUAAAUCUAAUAAGAUAAUAACUAUUAUAUUUCAAAUAUGAUGCUACCUGAACAGUCUUAAUAAAUAUUAUCACAAAGCUGUUUUAAUUUAGUAAAAAAAGGUUUUCACCUGUAAUAUGAUAUGAUUUGGGUUUUCACCUGUAAUAUGUAAUAAUUAUGAAAUAGCACUUGAUUAAGCACAUCAGAUUAUUUCAAUUUUUUUUUUUUUUUUUUUUUUUUAAUUAAGGGACACUAAUUACUUUAAAACACAAAAUUGAGGAAACCUAAAUCAGGGUCAUGAAAUUGUCAUUUGAAUGCAAGACAUUAUUUAUUUUAUCCCACAUUGUUUUGUCCUUCAUUAUCCUCAGUUAAAGGGCACUUUAAAUAAUUCUGAUGAUACUGUUAAUCACUUCAUUGAAUAUUUUUUAUAAGGUUAGGAUAGAACAUGAAGUUUUUUUUUUUUUUAACUUUAUGUAGGGAUUUAAAAACAAGUGGUCUAAUCAUGUAGGAUGUAGGAAAGCAAACUUUGUUAAAAUUAAUCAGUUCAGUCAUAUGCAAUAGAUUUACGCAUUUCAGUAAGCAUUUUUUAUUAUUGUGUGUUUUAUAUUAGACCAUGGUAACCUUCCAUAGUUUUCUGAGUAUAUUUGCAUCCCAAAUCAUACAUUUCAGCAUGACAGAAAUCGGACUGUUCCUCACAUGAUUUGAUCACACAAGGAAACUACGACCUAAAUGCAUGGUGCUCACAUAACUUAAGUUCUAAAUAAUAUCAAGGGAUCUGAAUACAUAAUAGAUAGCCCACUAUGUUAACAAUUAAUUAAUUCAUCUAUUCAUCAUAUUAGGUUAAUAUAAAAAGGGAUAAGUCAAUCAUAACUUUUUCUUAAAGUAAUAAGUAUUAGCUGGAUGUUUUUGGUGGUGAAUUUCAACUUUUCGAUGCUUUUAUGGGCAAAUUCUAAACUGUUCUUUUGCAUAAGAGUGUUAAAUGCACUGAGCAUUGUUACAUACAGUAUGAGUCUGGUCGCAUUUCAUGUAUUUUACCCACUAUAUAAUUUUUCAAAUAUGGUAAUAAGAAAUUAAUUCAUUAUGUUAUUGUAUUUUUUAUUUUUGAUGGAAAAAGAUACAAGCUUGUUUUCUUGUUUUGGUAUCUGCUUAAUGGAAUGUUGAAAGAUGGUCAUGCUAACAUUUCAAAUUAUGUUACUAUUGUUACUGCGUAGGUUUUAACAGACAUCAUUAAUCCUUUUGUCAUACAGUGACAUAAAUAUUAACACAUACUACGAGGUCAUAUUGCACUAAAAACACUCACUGUUAUAUGAAUACAUAUACCAAUGUUGUUAAUGACACAUUCUAUAGAUUUGCAUUGUAUUCUGUUUCAUAAAUCACUGGUUUUGUAUUAUGGUGUGUCCUAUUAUUUCAGACUUGCUAUUAGAUUUACUGCUUAGCAUUUAGUGUUUUCUAUCUUAUUCUCUUCUAAGUAAGGACAGCAUUGAUCAAAACAUACACACAACAGUACUUCCUACAAUAUGUUCGGUGAUCCUCCUGAUAGCUGGAGUGUUUGUAUAUACAGUAUGACAUGAAAGAAUUUAAAAUCUAAUAAGUUAAUAAAAAAUGUACAACUACCAUCUAUUUUCUCAGGAUCGAAAUGACCCGAUGUAAAUGUGAAUAUGGUUAAAAUGUUGAUUUUUUUUUUCAUAUUUUUAAAGAUAUUGAACCAGUCAAUAUCAGAUUAACAAGUUAAUCCAUACAGUAUAAUCAAUUUUUUGUAUAUGCAAAGUCUAUAAUUUUCUGUCUUUAUUAGGUCUAUUGAUUUUCCGUGCAAUUACUAAACAACCAGAUUUUUACUACAAUCAUUUAUUAAAAUUCAAUAUACUGUAGAUGUUAGAACAAGUCCUCACCAUCUUCUCUACAUUGUCCUUUGAACACUAUGUUAUAGGCUUAAAAAAGGUCAAUAGUAACAAAGAUGGGAUUGAACCAUAUUUUGAAUGUAAAAGCAUAUGAGAAAAUGUUUGUUGUGCCACCCUUGUACAAUGCUUCAUAUAAGCAGCUAGUGAAGUUUAUUUUAUGAAAUUAUUCUUGUCUAACUUGAUGUGUGAUAACAGACUAUUGCAUUACAAAUUAUAGAAAUGUCUAUACAAUAUUUUGUAUAUACGUGAGCAAUUGUGUGUCUGCUUUCAAUAUGAAUAAAACUAGAUCUGUUACAACUAA